UCAUUCAAACUCCACAUUUUCAUCUUCUCUCCUUCUUCCUCAUCACUUGUUUUUAUUUUUCUCUGACUAAGAGAGACAUUUUUUUGAAACAUGGAUCGUUUCGUCAAGCGGCUAAGUGCCACCCCCACUCUGUCAACCUCCACCUCCACUAUUUCUUCCGGAAUGGACACUCCUCCCCCUUCACCCGCUGAACAACCCCCCGAGAAGAAAAAGAAGAGUUCUGUCAAAAUUAAGGCUGUACCCCCAAUAAGAGAUACUUCCGUCGACUGGAAGAACAGGCUCACAUUGAGUGAGGACAAUGAGGUCGGAUUCCUCAACUCUCAAGAAGAAUUUGAGAAUUUGUACAGUGAGGGUCCACCCACCCCCUCGUCAUCUAGUACUUUCCUCAUGCCGAGCAGAAAGACAGAAUCUCCUCUCUUCACAGUUCGGAUGGAGAUUUUUCACCAUCUUCAAGUGAAACAUCCCUUCGUAGAGUUCAACUUCGACACGAUGGAGUCAACCUCACAAUAUAAGGAUCUCAUGGCGGUUUGGAAUGCACAUUUCAAAAAGUAUGAGAAGAGCGACGCUUGGAAAGCUGCUUGUCCUCCCGGUAUCACAAUCAUCCAUGAAAAUCAACCAGUGGGGGUAAAGUUUGAUGGGGGGAGAUUAUUCUACAAAGUCAGGAAGGUGGGGGACAAAUUUAACUGGAACGAGGGCUCAGGUUCCAAAUGCAAAUCAGAAAAUUGCGGUGAUAAAAGAAUUCUGGGUGAGUUCUGUCGCAAGCAUGCAAUUGUGAAGAGGGAGAUUCUUCUGAUUAGGGACGUAGCAGAUUUAGAAAAAAUUAAUAUUGCAAUUGUUCAUCCACAAGCAAGGAAGACUAAAUUUAAUGAUCUCAACAUCAAUGCUACUUUGGGGGGAUCAAGCUACGACCGGACGAGUAUUAGUAAAUAUAUCGCCAAUUCACCAACAGCAUGGUUUGUAAUCGAGAAGCGUUGGGAAUAUCUACCCGAGGAGAGUGUAAAAAUGUUUCAAAGUUUAGAGAUUCAAAUGUCUCUCAUGGUGUCACUACACAACUCUGUCACUACAGAACCAAUGGAACAAAUUCAUUUCAUAAACUCCGACAUCACCACAAACGAAGGGAACUUAGCUGAGGUCAAGAAAGGUUUGGAAUUAAACGACAUGUGGUUUGGAAUUGGAGACGACGACAACUCACUUAAUUUCGCACAAUCUCCCUAUCGUCCCACCAAUUUCAGCAACACUCUUCCAUUUGUAUACGUGGGUGACAACAAUGAGGGUGGUUAUCGCUUUGGAGAGGAUCACGCAGUUUUCCGUACAUCAGUUAUUAAAGGAGCACGAGGUCAUGCAACCCAAAUAACAACGAUGCAGGGGGUCGAUCCCAAGAACAUUCAUCAAGUGUUUCAAUCCAACUACACCACGUCCACAACAGAAGAAAUGUUACAAAACGCGAAGGAAGUUGAGACCUUGGGACACCAAAGUGUUGUCGUUGCUCAAAUGUUGGAGAUGAAGUCGGUUAACGGGAACAAUGUUUACAAUCUCGCGGAGAAGUUCACUCAUUAUGAUAGUGGUUGGGACGGUGCUAUAUUUCAUGAUUUGGUUGUGAUGAUGACAGGUAAAGAGAUUGUUGUAAAGAAAGAUAAAUUUAAAACUGUUUCGUAACAUUGUUGUCACCCACGAAUGUUAAGUAUAUGGUGCCUAUUUAUAAGACUGUUGGGGUUGGGGAGAAAGAGAGACAGAUUUUAGAUAUUGAUAAAAUGAAGAAGGCGGAUGUUCACACGAAAGUUUAUGAGAAGGUUGUAAUUAAUUGGAUUUAAGAGUACUUAGUAAACUGAUGUUUUUUCCGGUUUUUGUUAUACUAAUAAAAUGUUGUUGAUAUAAACCCAGAAAGAUUAUGUAGGA